AUGAUUAUAUCACUCCCCUUUGCCCCUCUUCCUUCACGCAUUACCCUCACACGCUCCAACUCUUUUUCUCAUAACAAUCACUUCAUCAAAUCCUCUACCCCACCUUUUCUACUCCUCACAAAUGUCCCAACACCGACAUUGUUACGUAGUGCUCCUACAAGUCGCGGACGUGAAAAUUCCAAUAAUAUUACUGAGGAAGAUCAGGUAGACGAGAGGGAUGAUUAUGCCGGGUUUUCACCUCAAGGGAUGGAAAUGAAGGAUGUUAUUGAUAUUCAAGAAGGACAAGAAUUUGAUGGUCAUACUACAAGAUAUUCCAGUGGUGGACCCUAUAAAGGCAGGGAAGAGAAGGAUUUUGAUAGAAAUCCUGAAUUUGCUGAAAUACUUGGUGGUUAUCUAGAUGAUCCCGAGAAGGCACAAUCUAGAAUGGAGGAGAGACUACGAAAGAAUAGGAACAAAAUACUGCACACAAAGACUGGUUCAGGAGUACCAAUGAAAGUAUCGUUUAAUAAAUUUGAUUAUUCCAACUCCUAUAUAUGGUUUGAAUUUUACAACGCUCCAUUGGCAAAAGACAUCUCCUUAAUUUGUGAUUCUAUUCGAGCAUGGCACAUUGUAGGACGUCUUGGAGGAUGCAACGCCAUGAACAUGCAACUGUCACAGUCUCAGAUAGAAAAACGACCAAGUUAUGAUUACAUCCAGGGAGCAAACGUGACGCCAACUACAUUUUACAACAUUGGGGAUCUUGAGGUUCAAGACAACUUGGCUCGGAUAUGUGCUAAUUCUUAUAACAGGGUGGAUAUUGGAACUAAUGAACCAUUGAUUCUAGAUAUUUUGAUAAAUGCAUUGACACAGAUAAGUUCUGACUUUGUUGGGAUUAAGCAAGUAGUGUUUGGUGGAGAAGAAUUUGAGAAUUGGAAAGAGGAUUUGACAUCAGAGGAUUCAGGUUAUGGUGUUCACAAGAUCUAG